AGCGUGUGAUGAACGAUGACAAUCAAACUCGAAAAUAUGAUAGCGUAAGCAGAAAGAUAAAUGUAGGAACAGAUAUACAAAACAAGAGAUUGAUAUUAUCCGGCAGAGAAAGGGCUACGAUACACGGCCAGUCAAUCCAUCGCACCACUGUUCCGCUCGCGAUGGCCUCUUCUACCUCCUCCGCUGAGCCUUCUACUCCUCUUUCCGUCUUCCUCGGUGUCGACGUUGGCACCGGCAGCGCUCGUGCAGGCCUGUUUGAUGAGAAAGGAAAGCUUCUUGGUUCGUCUAGCAGCGCAAUACAAAUAUGGAAAGACGGUGCCCAUGUUGAGCAAUCCUCUACAGAUAUAUGGCUUGCAGUUUGUGUAGCUGUAAAAGCAGCUUGCUCUCAAGCAAAAGUUGCACCUACCGACGUAAAGGGUCUGGGAUUUGCGGCUACUUGUUCUCUUGUUGCGGUGGAUUCUGAUGGCUCACCUGUUUCGGUUUCUCGGAGUGGUGAUUCAAGAAGAAAUGUGAUUGUAUGGAUGGAUCAUAGAGCUGUAGAACAAGCCGAAAGGAUAAAUUCACGUAACUCACCUGUUUUGCAAUACUGUGGUGGGGCCGUUUCACCUGAAAUGGAGCCACCAAAGCUUCUAUGGGUUAAAGAAAAUUUGCAAGAAUCUUGGUCAAUGGUUUUGAGGUGGAUGGACUUGAGUGACUGGUUGUCAUACAGGGCAACUGGAGAUGAUACUCGCAGUCUUUGCACCACAGUUUGUAAAUGGACAUAUCUUGGACAUGCACACAUGCAACAUAUUGACGAUAAAAAUUCCCGAGAUAUGGAAGCUUGCGGGUGGGAUGAUGACUUUUGGGAAGAAAUUGGUUUGGGUGAUCUUGUUGAAGGUCAUCAUGCAAAGAUAGGACGAAGUGUCGCUUUCCCUGGCCAUCCUCUGGGUUCUGGCCUUACUCCUACUGCAGCAAAGGAACUGGGUCUUGUGCCAGGAAUUCCUGUAGGGACAUCACUAAUUGAUGCACAUGCUGGUGGUGUGGGGGUAAUUGAAAGUGUGCCAUCAUCAGAAGCUGAAGAGCAUGACGAGGAAGCAAUUUGCAACCGUAUGGUGUUAGUUUGUGGAACUUCUACAUGCCAUAUGGCUGUAUCCCGGAGCAAAUUGUUCAUUCCUGGGGUUUGGGGGCCAUUUUGGUCAGCAAUGGUACCAGAAUAUUGGCUAACUGAAGGUGGACAGAGUGCUACUGGUGCAUUAUUGGAUCAUAUAAUUGAAAACCAUGCUGCUUCUCCACGGGUUGCAAAUCGAGCUGCCUCCCAAAAGAUUUCAGUGUUUGAACUACUGAACAAGCUCUUGGAAACAAUGAUGAUUGAGCAGAACCGAUCCUUUGUAGCCGCCUUGACUGAAGAUUUACAUGUUCUUCCUGACUUCCAUGGGAACAGGUCUCCCAUUGCAGACCCAAAAUCGAAGGGAGUUAUGUAUGGUUUGACACUUGAUGCAAGUGAUGAACAGUUGGCUCUUCUAUAUCUGGCGACUUUGCAGGGCAUUGCAUAUGGCACACGUCACAUUGUAGAGCAUUGCAACGCACAUGGUCACAAAAUCAACACACUACUUGCAUGUGGUGGCCUAUCAAAGAACCCUAUCUUCAUGCAGGAACAUGCUGAUAUUAUUGGUUGCCCUAUAAUUCUUCCAAGGGAAAGUGAAUCUGUGCUCUUGGGUGCUGCUAUUCUGGGUGCUGUUGCUACAAGGAAAUAUCAUAGCCUUAGGGAGGCCAUGAAAGCCCUGAAUGCACCUGGUCAGGUCAUUCAUCCGUCUAACGAUCCAAAGGUCAAAAAGUACCAUGAUGCCAAAUACAAGAUCUUCCGGGGCCUUUAUGAACAGCAACUCUCCCAUCGAUCUACGAUGGCCCAAGCUUUGGCAUAGUUUUGCAAAAUGCUUGGACUCAACUGUCACUGUCAAUUAAAAUUAGAUGCUCAUUGCGGAGCCUCUAUAGACAUUCAUUCCUCAGGGUUAUGUUCCCCCCUCCCCCAGUAGUUAGACAUUAAGACUUUAAAAGAUGCGGGGAAAAAUAAAUCAUCAACAUGGUGAUGGAAAUUCUAAUAGAAGUGUUAUGUACAGGCUAUCUAGCAUCAUUUUUUUUCCUCAAAUGAAUGCUGAACGCACACUUGUCCAAAGCAAAUAGGCAGCUGGUAUCGAAAUGUAGAAAUUUAGCCUGUUUUAUAACAUUUUUACCCAAUUCCGUAUGACUUAGGUAGCAUUUAAAUAAUAGUCAAUAGACGAACAAAAGGAUGUAGUCAAAUCCAAUGGGACAUUAAUAUGUCGCGUUGGGUGAUUUUACUAUUGCAAGGAUCAUUGGAGGGUUUUGAAAUGCUUUAAAAA